AUGUCCUCGUCCCCUUCGACGAAGCAGACAUCGCCGAAGCGGACCUCUCCGAAACGAACUCCUCUGAAGGAGAGAUCUCAAUCUCAAGCAAAUGAGAUCUCGGGUAUUUUGGCCAGAGAUGCAAGAUUAGAUCAAGAGAACUCGAGCAUUUACAACGCUACGCCUUUCCCAACAAAAGCUGCACAUGUCCUCCUUCCCAGUACCCUUCGCAACCAGCGAAGCGGCGGCAGCCCACUCACCGAUGCCUUCGGCCUGACCUUCCAAAGCGAUUUGGGCGGAAGUUAUGAUGGUGAUCGAACCCCCCGAAAUGGCUCAGCACAGCCAACGGUCAAAUUGAAGCGGUCCGUUAAGGCUCUGAGGGAUCUUUACGAAUCGCAAGCAGACGAAUCGUCUCGUCCAUCUACGGCAACUUCACCUCCACUUCGCCCUAGCACAGCGAACUCUUCCAGAUUAAGAAGCGUCAGCUCAAAUGAUAGCUUGUCAGGCCCUUAUGCAUGGGAGUCGCUUCGCAAGAUAUCCUCCGACGACCUGGCCCUUCUUCCAUCCUUGCCGCAGUCAACACGUUUUGCGAAACGCCUAUCAUCCCGCUCCUCAUUCACUUCGGUAUCUGAAAAAUUUGCGGCAGCUUCGAGUCCGAAUUAUAGGGUGCUGGGAGCGACUUCUAGUCCACGACCAUUCGCCUUCAAAGACAUAACCAGUCCUGCUCUUGAGCCCUUCGACGAGACUGAGAGCGUUCAUUCCGCUGAAUUCUAUCCCACUGAAAACAGCUCCUCCAGCCCCAAUGUCGUUCGACUCGCUCGUACUUCGAGUACAGAGCAGUUCCAGUCAACUGAUUCCUCUUCCAGUCCAAAUGUCAUCAAACUUGGAACGUCGUCCCCUACUUUGCGUCCCAGAGUUCCGGAUUUCGCUUCUCAUACUCGCUCCUCGUCGACCUCAUCCCUCAAGCGCAAAAGGUCGAAUACGGGGGAUAGUCGUUCUUUUGCGGAGCGGACUGGAGCAAGAAAUCCACUAGCUUCCAGUCCUCCCGUUGGUAGAUAUGCUACCUCCGUCACAGUCGCUCAUUCAUCACCUACACAGAGACCAACACCAAGCUCAUCCGCCGCCCAGAGUCUUCGUCCGAGGGGAGAAUCAAUCGAAGAUUCUAGCUCUGUAGUGGAGGCGCUGGGAAGGUCCAAUCACCCUAGCUCGGAUGAUAGUUCCAUUGCUGAAACCCACGCGAGCCUGCAGGACGCCCUCAGUUCCAGCCCGCCGCGUAUCCAGUAUCCCAUAAUUCGGGCUCCUCUCAUUACCCAACAGGUAGGCCUUGUGGUGGCUAAACGAAACUCGAGGUCGCUGUCUACGGAUGCACCAGCGCCAAAGUUUUGUUCCAGACUAUCCGCUGUACCUUCUGAAGGUUCUUGGACUAGAACACGACGUGGAAGUAAGGCGUCAUCACUCACAGAGGACGACAUUGAUGACCUGUUGACCUCUGAUGACCUCGCUCCUGCUUCCACCUUCAUAAUCAAUGAAUCCGCGAAUCAAUCCAUGAUCCGGGUUGUACCGGAAUCUGACCCUUAUGAGCAGGACUCUCAUGAAGCCUCUGACGAGGUCUCGGCGCUUCCAGACGAUUAUGGUUACCGAUCACCACCCCUCAGACCCGUUCGCAGCAACGGCUAUCUCAACUCACCUGCAAAUUCAUCUGCAUCGCGCAUUAAUUCUAUGAGAAAUUUAACGCAGUCACGACAAAAUAGUUUUCUUUCUACCUCCCGUCGUCCUUCUUCGUCUGGCAGUGUAGCCAGUAACGUUGUUCCAACCUGGGCUCGACGAUAUUAUUCGGGAUUUUACCGAGACUCCUUCAAUUUUCUGUAUUCCAACGGCUCACAUGUCAAUCUGAGCAAUGUGCAGUCUCAUAAAUACAUUGCUCCACGUCCUAAUACUUCGAAAUCUCAACAAAGUGCUUCUAAUGUUCAUCAAGGAAUGAGUGAUCGUAUUCAAGCCUUUUUAACCCCAAAGAAACGACCCAAGCUAGAGGCGCGAAAAUCACACACCCUGCCAGGCGUAGGGCCCUUGGUAUCAAAUCCGAUCCGUGGCCCAGCAACAGCAGCCAUCGCAUCGAAUCGUGUGCACUCUUACCCUGCUGCCCAUCGAUCUUCAGGCCAUGGACGCUCACUAUCAGCCCCUUUACAUCCCGCCGAUCCACGCGCCCAUUGGGCUGGGGUAGUCGAAAUUCACGAAAGUCCUAAUGAGGACGGGCGUGGCUCCAGCUAUACAGUCCGUCAUCACCAUGUUCGCACUGGGUCGAACGGUGCCAUCAGCUUGAGCUCGUCUCAGUCAGUCAUCUACUAUGGCGCCCGAACGCAAAAUCGCUGGUCUGGCUCUCCCCAUCUCCACCACGACCACAGACUUAAUACUGGAUCAUCUGUCUCUCUAGGCUUCGGUUAUCCGUUCAAUGCAAAAGCGAAAUGGACUGCACCGAGCAUAACUGAUGCAAGCUCAAGUUUCUUUGGUGGAGCCGACCUUCGAACGGCCCAAGUCGCCCUUUUCACUUCUGGCUUUCUCUUGCCAUUGGCCUGGUUUGUGGCUGCUUUCCUCCCACUACCAAAAAGGCCAGACGGUCUUGGAGAUCUAGAAAAGCGCGCCGCUGCUUCUGCGCAGUAUCAAGCACAGCUUAUGCAGCAACAGCGGUCCAGCCGGCUUAGUGUGCAGCAGCUUCAACAACAGCAACUAGACGCCGCUGAAUGGGAACAGAUGGACAUCGUUGCCAAACUGCGGCUUGAGAGACAUGCUCAGGGAGUUGAGGAGCUCAAAUUCCAGAACGCACGCUGGUGGCGCAAUCUGAACCGGUGUAUGUGCGUUGUGGGUAUCGUUGUAAUCGCUGUCGUGGUUGUGCUUGCAGUACUAGGCGCGAAGAGG